GAGAAGGAAGAAGCCCAAGUGGAGGAGGUGACAGGACAGAUGGAGGGUAGGGUAGGCAAGCCUCUCGCUAAGGCUUCUAGACAAGUUAGAAAGAACUCAAGAAAGAGCAACACCAAGAAACCCAAUGAAGCAGAUACUAUUGUUGAAUCUAUAGCAUCAGUUAGUACUACAGCUAAAACUGGACAUGUUUCUGAGGGGGUAAAACCCAAAGGUAGGGGAGCUCCGAAGAAGGCUCCUGCUAGAAAUGUUAGAAAAUGCCGACUGCCGUUGAUAGUGAAGAGGAAGAUGAUGAGGUGCUCGAGUUGAAAGAACGACUGACAACGUAUAACAUUGAUUCUCCUUCAGAUCAAACAGGUAUAUGAUCAUCCAUGUGCAGUAAGCUUUCAGAUCAAAGUGAAGCUGAGAAUAGGGUGUUAAUUGAUUGUAAAUUGAUAACCAGUAGGUGCACAUCCAUGGAGUUUUCUCUUGCGAUUGUUGAGAAGCUAUUUGGCUGUGAGAAGGCAUUGGAUCUUGCUGUUAAUGAGAACUUUAAAUAGACAUAUAACUAUUAUGUUGGCAUUGUAUUUUUGUGAAUGGAAAUGAAUUAUUGUGUUUGAUUGAAUGAAUGAAUGAUUGAAUGAAUGAAUGA